AUGGAUCACAAUAUUGUCGACGAACAUCAAUUACAAUUAUGUAGGGAUUUAUCCGAAGAGCUGAAUAACUGGAAGUUACUUGCCUUUAAUCAAUGUCAUGAUGGUUCCGUUAUUUUUCUUAUGGUUCAAGAAGAUAUCCAAUACUAUAAGAUAUGGCAUUUGAACGUAGAAAACGGUUACUCAUGUGAAGUGAAGAUAAGUAAAGACGAUUUGAAAUAUGAAUGCAGCUGGAAUCAUGUAGAUACUCUACCGAACGAUCGGUUUCUUGUUGUUGCCUGCAGAUGCACACGUUAUAGUGAUGGUUCUACAGAUUUCAAUGGAAGAAUAUUCGAUAAAGCGGGAAAUUUGCUUCGUCAGCUAUUAUUAGGCGAUGGAAUUGAAGAUAUUAAAACUGAUAAAGAUGGAUUUAUAUGGGCAUCGUAUUUUGAUGAAGGUAUAUUUGGUAAUUUCGGUUGGAAUCAUCCUGAGAUAAUUGGCUCACAUGGAUUAGUUAAAUGGAAUGAUCAAGGAUGUAAAGUAUACGAAUACAUGCCUACUGAUAAUGAUUUGCAACCCAUUGACGACUGCUAUUCCAUGAAUGUUGUUGAUGAAAAUGACGUAUGGAUUUGUUACUACUCUCAAUUUCCUUUCGUUAAGAUAUCUAAUCUCACGAUCAACAAGUAUUGGCUUCAUGAACUUAAGAGUGUUUAUAUACGCGCUAUUCACGGCGAUACACUUCUUGCUCAAAAGUGUUAUGUUAAAGAACCCAUUUUUUUCCUGUUGCAAUUAGGAAGCGAAAAAUCAGCUGUGAAAUGCUUACGUACACUGCAAUUCACCGAUGAAAAUGGUCAUAGUUUAAAAAAGACGAGAUUUGGAUAUGUCUGCAGAGGCAGCAAAAUGGUAUAUCUUACUGAUCAGAAACUGUACAUGUUUGAUUUGAAGAGUAUUACCUAA